UGCCAACCCUCCCUAUUUUGUAGUAAUCCUUACGAUUUCUGCAUGCUAAUUACGACUCUACGAUUUCAAUAUGAAAAAUACGAUUUUUAAAAAAAUUGCAAAAAAAAAUCCGGUUUUAAUUUUCCGUGUUUCCGUGUUUCAUUUUAUAAUAUUGGUGUUACUUUCGGGUAGCCUCGGCGUUUUCUACCCAAGCGGAUAAAACACGAGGAUUCCGAAUGUAUCACGUAGUCUAAAACGCUUAACUGGCAUGUUCAUUCAUAUACAUACAAGCGUCAUAGUGACGAUGAUUUAGUCGAAGAUGUCGGCCUCAAAAAGGGAGGCCCAGUCAUCUAUCGACGAAACUAGUCCCAAAAAGAAGAAGAAAUGGACACAGACUUUCCGUACUGAAUACUCCAGAUCAUACCCUUGUAUCACUUCGAGUGAUAAAGGAAAUACCUUCGCUUUUUGCUCGACGUGCAGGGUCAGCGUUUCUAUUGCCCACGGCGGCAAAGAUGAUAUCAAAAAGCACGUGGCGAGAAUUAAACACAAGCAGGCAGACGUCAAAGGUACCAGACCUGUGACAGAUUUUUUUCAAAUGGGCACAGACUUAUCGACCAUAAAGGCUGAGUGUUUAUUCACUAGUUUUCUAAUGAAGAAGAACAUUCCAAUGAGUGCCGCUGAUGGAACUGGAGAGCUAUUCCGGGAAAUGUUUCCUGAUUCGAAAAUAGCUCGGAACUACGCGUGUGGGCGAACGAAAUCACAGGCAAUCGUCAAUGAAAUGGCUGCGGACUCAACAAAACAUAUCUGUGACUUAAUGAGGAGUUCGGCGUAUAGUAUUGCCACUGAUGGGUCAAACGACAAUGAGUAUAAAUUAUAUCCAAUAGUUGUAAGGGUUUAUGACCCAUCUUCUGGGAUGAUUGAAGUUAACUUGCUAUCAAUUCCAAACCUAGUGGGGAGCAGCACAGGAGAAAACAUUGCUUGUCUGAUGGCUAGUGAACUUGAAAAACUCAAUGUUAGUUGGAAAAAUUGUGUGUCUUUUUCAUCAGAUAAUGCAUCAGUCAUGACCGGAAAAAACAAAGGUGUUGUAUCCUAUCUAAGAAAUCAUCAGCAAGAACUCAUAUUAGUAGGAUGUCCCUGUCAUCUGAUUCAUCUCGCAGCCAAAAAAGCUACAUCAGCCUUGCCAUUUAAGGCAGAUGAUCUACUCGUUGAUAUAUACUACUACUUUGAAAUGAGUGCAAAAAGAAGACAGGAACUUCAGGAAUUCCAAAUGGCUUCUUCAGGAGAAACUCGAAAGAUACUAAAGCAUGUUUCCACAAGAUGGUUGUCACUGGAAAAAGCUCUCAACAGACUUCUUGAAGAAUGGAAUCCUUUAUCUGCGUACUUUUGCAAAAUUGUGAAGGAACAGAGAGAGAAAGCUGCUUCUCAAUCGCUAAGGAGUGCUCUAUUACAGUCAAACAAGACACAAAAAACAACAGAAGCAAGGUCUGAAAGGAAAGCAAUUGAUACUCACAAGAAGCAAGCCAGUUUUGUGGAUAAAUUUGUAAAUCUGCAGCAACAGAAAAAACCUUCCACUGAUCCGUGUACGAGCACAACCAAUUCUUCCACUGAGUCAAGGCCAGGGGUCAUCAAGCACUACAGCAGUAAGACAGGGAAAACAACUGAUGUACAAGUGGAAAAGUUAAGGUGCAGUAACAGUUCGUCGUGUCGGCAAAAGUCUGUCUGUAACCUUUCAAGAUCAUCCAGCACCAAGUGUUCAGGUGGUAACAGUGAUAAGUUGAAAUCAUCCAGCACCAAGUCUUCAGGUGGUAACAGUGAUAAGUUGAAAUCAUCCAGCACCAAGUCUUCAGGUGAUAAUAGUGAUAAGUUGAAGUCAUCAAGUGCUGAGUCUAAUAGUGAUAGUCUUGGCAAGACAGCAAAUAAACACAAAUCAAAUGGCCAAACCAGAGAGUGCAGGAUAGCAGAAGAACUGACAAGUUUUGAAAAUAUGGCAUAUGCCUCAUUCCUAGCUAGCACAUUACCAGUUUUUAAUGCUACAAAUCUCGCUUUACAGGAAGAUGAGCCUCAGAUCCACCUUGUUAAAACUAAAUUAACAAGUCUUCUUAGAAACAUCAUGAUGAGAUUUCUCCUGCCAGAUGUUAUUAGUGGUGACCUCACAGAAGUGCCGUACGAGGACAAGUCUUCUCAUAAACCAGACAAAGAUAUCAUGAUUGGUAACUUUACAGAAGAAGUUGUGGGAAGUUUAGCUGAUCCUGCUCAAUUCUUUGUAAAUGUUCGACAAUUCUUCUGCGAUGCAUGCACAUAUAUCAUUAAUAAACUUCCUCUAAAGGAUGACAUAUACAUACAUGCCCAAGUAGUUGAUGUUUCGUUGAGAAGGAAAGUGUCAUUUAAGUCAGUAAAGUUCUUUCUUAACAAAUUCCCGUUCCUGCUAGAGGAAUCCUAUAAGGUACAAGAACAGUUUUUAGCUUACCAAGUUGAUGAUCUUCCACCUGAAAUUGACAAAGAUAACAUUAGAAUAGACACAAAGUGGACAAUUUUGUCCACUAGGUAUGAUGUCUUGGCCAGGGUGAUGCUUGCGAUUUUGGUUAUACCGCACAGCAAUGCAGAUUGCGAAAGAGUAUUUUCGUUGGUGCGAAAAACCAGAACUGAGUACAGAUCAAGUAUGUCAAACAGGACACUGGAAGCUAUUGUGAUCAGAAAACUCAAGAUAAUGGACAGUAAUGGACAUGAGAAGUUUUCUCCUGAAUUUCUCAGAAAAGCAAAGCAUGCUACUAGUGCAGCUCUAUCAAAGGAGUAAUACAAUGCAGUCUGAAAAAUAAAACAGA